UAAAAGCCUCAAGAUCCAGUUGUUAGUUUUAGUUGUUUACGGAGAGUAUACAUAUUUAAAAUGUGGUUCAGUUUUUCGUCUAUAGUGCUUCUAGCAAGUUUUGGCAUUGCUCUUGACCUGGAAAAGCCAGAUUGGGAUAGCAUCCAUUACGAAGAGGACUUUUUACCAAAAGGAUUUCUUAAUAGAGACAGUCGUAUCAUUGGUGGUGAAAUUGCCACUCCUGGACAAUUUCCUUAUCAAGCUCAAUUACGUCUGAAUAAAACAACUUCGGGAGAUUGGUGUGGAGGCGUUCUAGUCUCGGAAAGCUAUGUACUGACCGCUGCUCAUUGUGCCAUUGAUUCCCUCUACAUAGACGUAUAUUUGGGUGCUCAAAAUGUUCUGAAUUUAACUGAACCAGGACGCAUAAAUGUGCGAGUAUAUGCUGAGAACAUUGUUGUUCAUAAUGGCUUCAAUCCAACUGUGAUUGCAAAUGACAUCGCCAUACUUCGUUUGCCAGAACCCGUAGAUAUUUCCGAUACUAUCAAGCCAAUCAAACUGCCUUCAUUCGAUGAUGCUGCCAUUAAUUUUGCUGGGACGGUAGUCGUAGUUUCGGGAUGGGGCAAGAACUCUGAUGAUGAUGAUAAUUCUUCUCCCGAACUCCACUUCACUACAGUUGCAGUGCUACCUCAAAAUAUAUGCGAGUAUUACUUCGAAACCGUUAGGAUAUCAAAUUUUUGCACGGAGAGCAUCUAUGGCCGAGGUGCAUGCAGCGGUGACUCAGGAGGUCCACUGGCUUGGGAUAGUGAGGAUGGACCUGUAUUAUUGGGGUUAACAUCUUUCGGAAGUAUUAGAGGAUGUGUAGCUUGUUGGCCAGCUGUUAACGUUCGGAUCACAUAUUAUCUGGAUUGGAUUGCUGCUCACAGUGAUAUUCAAAUUCAACUAUAGCUUGUUUUUGGCGAACUGUAUAUUUAUAUACUUAGUAUUUCACACUGAAAAAUAUGACUGACGAUGAAUGUCCUAGUUUAGUAUAUACAACUUCAUACAAAGAACUACCCGCCUCUGGGAGUCAAAAUGGAUGGCAAGUGAGGCAAUGUUGUAAUCUGACAUUUUUAGUAAAAUUCUUCAAACAAGUCAGGAAACCAGAAGCUAGCCGCUUUAGGUGUGAAAGGUUUUGUGUAUUACUUUUAUAAAGACAUUUGAAUGCA